UCAAGAAUUUGCUGCAAAUACGGCUCGAAUUUAAACCAUACCAAACCGGAUAUUAUUACAAGAGGCUAUUUUUUUUGAUAGCAUAUCACGUAAGAUUUAAUAUUAGGCUAAAAAUGAAUUCAAGCAGUUACUCGAUAAAAUGAUAUAUUUUAGCAACCAAUCUACGUAGACGUAUACGCAUUUUCUAGCGUGUCUCUAACUAAAAAUCCCUUCAACUAUUUUAAAUGGCCAUUCAAUAAUCCAAGUACUAGUCAAAAAAAUUACAAAGAAUUUAUGAGAGACUCAGUGAGUCGAUCAAGUUUCAACUCACCAAUUAUUGUAACCCCUAAUAACCUAAAUUUAGGUUACUCCGAUUCUAAAGGAUACUCAAGUGUCACCUUUACUGUACAAAAUAAAUCUUGUAUAUCGCUUUAUUUAAAUUGGAUUCGAGAACCUAAUUGUCCAUUCAGUGUGGUUCCUGAAAAAUCACCAGUAGAUAGUGGACAAACAAUAAAUUUUGAAUGUAAGUUUCAACCAAAAAUCAAAUGGAACUUAUAUUGGGCUCAACUUGAAGCUAUCAUUCACUUUGGUCCAAUGAAACCAUUAAUUUAUGACAUAGAGCUAAAUCGUUUUGACGAUGAACAGAUACCCAUCAAUGUAGUCCCAAUGAAUAUUUCUGUGACUGCUAUAGGCAAGUAAUACAAGACUGAAAUUAAACUUGUCUACUUUAUAAAACUUUCUCGGUAAAUUUAAAAUCAUAAAGGACAUUCGUUCGAUAAAAAUACCUGUGGGUGGACACCUAACUACAAACUUGAUUCUUAUAUUUUAAUGAUGCCACCAAGUGUACCAAACACAGACACCGUAUAUACUACUCUUAUAAUAAAGAAAAUUGGUCCUCCGUCAAUUUUGUUUGAACUCAUAC